ACUGUUCUGUUAUUGUUCACUAAAAUAACUGAAUGUUAAAACAUUUGCCAAAAUGAGUGCAGAAGGAUACCAGUACAGAGCUUUAUAUGAUUACAAAAAAGAACGAGAAGAAGACAUUGACUUGCACUUGGGAGAUAUUUUAACUGUGAAUAAAGGUACUUUAGUUGCCCUUGGAUUCAGUGAAGGGGAAGAAGCAAAACCUGAAGAAAUUGGUUGGUUGAAUGGCUUUAAUGAAACUACUGGAGAAAGAGGGGACUUCCCAGGAACUUAUGUAGAAUAUAUUGGAAGAAAAAAAAUUUCUCCCCCAACUCCAAAGCCUCGCCCUGUUCGACCCCUUCCAGUUGCACCAAGUCCUGCAAAAGUAGGAACAGACAAUGAUCAACCAGCUUUUACACUUCCAGAUCUUUCUGAACAGUUUUCACCACCUGAUAAUGCCCCGCCGCUCCUUGUCAAGUUAGUGGAAGCCAUCGAAAGAAAAGGGCUAGAAUGUUCAACGUUGUACAGAACACCAGAGUCGAGCAGUGUUGCGGAAUUGAGACAAAUUACUGAGUGUGAUGUUUCGACAGUGGAUUUUGAUGCCAUUGAUCUGCAGAUUUUAUCAGAUGCUUUGAAGAGGUACUUUCUGGACCUGCCAAAUCCUGUCAUUCCAGCAUCUGUUUACAAUGAAAUGAUUUCCACAGCACAAGAAGGGCAGAACUCAGAGGAAUCUGCUCAGGUGCUGAAGAGACUCAUCAGAUCAUCUAAUAUACCUCAACAGUAUUGGCUUACCCUCCAAUAUCUGCUCAAACAUUUUGCCAGACUUUGUCAGAUUUCUACCAAAAAUCUUUUGAACGCGAGAUCAUUGGCUGAAAUUUUUAGCACUCUGCUGUUCAGGUCCCAGGUAGCAAGCUCUGACGGUACUGAAUACCACAUUAAGAUCUUGGAACUAUUAAUUGCAAGUGAAUGGAAUGAGAGACAACCUGCACCAGCACUGCCUCCUAAACCUCCAAAGCCUAAUACUGUAACAAAUAACGGUAUGAAUAACAACAUGUCUCUGCAAGAUGCUGAAUGGUACUGGGGAGAUAUCUCGAGAGAGGAAGUAAAUGAGAAGCUUCGCGACACUGCUGAUGGCACCUUCUUGGUACGAGAUGCCUCCACCAAAAUGCAUGGGGACUAUACACUGACUUUACGGAAGGGAGGAAAUAAUAAAUUAAUUAAAAUAUUUCACCGAGAUGGAAAAUAUGGGUUUUCUGAUCCAUUGACGUUCAAUUCUGUGGUUGAGCUAAUAAACCACUACCGGAACGAGUCUUUAGCCCAGUAUAAUCCAAAAUUGGAUGUUAAAUUGCUUUAUCCAGUAUCCAAAUAUCAACAGGAUCAAGUGGUUAAGGAGGAUAGUAUUGAAGCUGUGGGAAAGAAAUUACACGAAUAUAACAUCCAGUUCCAAGAAAAGAACAGAGAGUAUGACAGGCUGUAUGAAGACUACACAAGAACAUCUCAGGAAAUUCAAAUGAAAAGAACUGCCAUCGAGGCAUUUAAUGAAACCAUUAAAAUAUUUGAAGAGCAGUGCCAAACACAGGAAAGAUACAGCAAAGAAUACAUAGAAAAAUUUAAACGGGAGGGGAAUGAAAAGGAAAUACAAAGAAUUAUGCACAACUAUGAAAAGCUGAAAUCCCGAAUCAGUGAAAUUGUGGAUAGCCGGCGUAGACUGGAAGAGGAUUUAAAGAAGCAAGCUGCAGAAUACAGAGAGAUUGAUAAACGCAUGAACAGCAUUAAACCAGAUCUUAUACAGCUCAGAAAGACAAGAGAUCAGUAUUUGAUGUGGUUGACUCAGAAGGGUGUUCGGCAAAAGAAACUGAAUGAAUGGCUUGGCAAUGAAAAUACAGAAGAUCAGUACUCUAUGGUGGAAGAUGAUGAGGAUUUGCCCCAUCAAGAUGAGCGAACGUGGAAUGUGGGAAAUAUCAACAGAAGCCAAGCUGAAAAUCUACUACGUGGCAAACGGGAUGGAACGUUCCUUGUUCGGGAGAGCAGCAAACAGGGCUGCUAUGCCUGCUCUGUAGUUGUGGAUGGUGAAGUAAAGCACUGUGUCAUCAACAAAACACCAACUGGGUAUGGAUUUGCAGAGCCAUAUAAUUUGUACAACUCCCUGAGAGAACUGGUGCUACAUUAUCAACACACAUCUCUCGUUCAGCACAAUGACUCUCUCAACGUCACACUAGCCUACCCAGUAUAUGCACAGCAGAGGCGAUGAAGAAGCGAAUACUCUGGGGUUUG